AUGAGCCUGAAUUGGGUGUCCCCUUCUGACCUCCGCCCAGGCCACGGUACGGGUCACCGCCAUCGCGUGCUGAAGUGGGACAAGUCCACCUUCACUCCCCAUUUCCGGAAGUUGGUUGUCCCAGCGGAGUCACCUGACAAGAAGUUCGUCUUGCUUGUUGGUGACUCCCACCUUCGGCCCAUCGCGGACGGGUUGGUGGGACUGCCGGACCGACGUCUGUCCUGUGGCGUCCUGUCUGUCCCUGGGGCGUCGGCACUUGAGUUGCGUACUGAGGUGCUGAAUGCUGUACUGCCUCGCUCACCCGCGGCAGUCUGCAUUUUGGCACCCAGUAACGACUUGAGUGCCAGCGGGACCGUCACUCAGGCAGGGGUCGCGUUUGGUAAGCUCCUGCUGACUGCCUGUGCUGCCUGGCCCAACGUGUGUGUUUUGGACUUCCCUCGCCGUCUCACCGUAGACCUGGACCUGCAGGAGCUUCUGAGCCAGGAAUACCACCGUGUGGCUGCACGUAUGGGUGUCAGGUACGUCUCUGCCACCCACUACUUUCCGCUGACACAACUUGACCUGUGGUGUCCUGACGGUGUCCAUCUCAGCAAGGAGGGCGGGAUGGAGAGGCUUGCGGAGUUGCUGUGGUGGACCCUCCACCACCAGCUGGAGCCCACAGUCCCGAGGGUCCAGACGCCUCCGAGGACGUCGCCUCCUGCCAGACACGUGUCGUCCCGAGGGCCCAGACUUCUCCCAGGACUUCGCCUCCUGCCAGACGUGUCGUCCCGAGGGCCCAGACUUCUCCCAGGACGUCGCCUCCUGCCAGACGUGUCUCACCAAAAGUGGUUGUGA